GCCCUGAACACCAACACCAACACCACGACAUGCGCUGAGCUUACCCCACGUCACGAUAGUACAACUUCUCCGUCGCAAUGCCGUCUCUCCUUCUGGUUGUAUUCACCCUGCAGUUAAUGCUACACCUCAUCAAUACUGUGGGUGUGAACGCAAUAAACGACCUGCUAUGGAUUCUCUAUAACAAACUGCCUACACCGACAUCUGGCUCAGCUCAGAGAGUUCAGACGCUCAAAAAGGAAAUCAUACGCUUGAAGCGCGAGCUAGGGAACACGUCGCCGCAGGACAAUUUCUCGGGAUGGGCAAAGCUCGAUCGACAACACAACAAGGCGGUGUCUGAAUACCAGAAACUGGAUGGCUCCCUCCGCACGCAACAAGCGACGUUUACCUCCGCCGUCUCGACGGUCCGCUGGGUGGGUACACAGGGCCUCCGUUUCGUCCUACAAUUCUGGUGUGCCAAGUCGCCCAUGUUCUGGAUGCCUGCAGGCUGGGUGCCAUACUACGUCGAGUGGAUAUUGAGUUUCCCGAGAGCACCUUUAGGCAGCGUGAGCAUCAACGUGUGGGGCAUCGCGUGUGCGAGCAUGAUCGCACUGGUAGCAGAAGGCCUGACGGCUGCAUGGGUACUGGUCACAAAGAGGCCGACUCCUACGCAGGCUGGCCAGGAGCGGGAGAAGGAGGCUAUGGCAUUUCUGGCAGACCAGCAGCCUGCUUCCAGGUCGGGAAAGAAGGAGUUGUAAUGAUAACACGUAACACGACCUUCACCAUGUAGCUUGGACACAUUAUCAGAGCGGCAUAGAACAAUUGAAAAUGUUUACAUGGAGAAUGUCUCCCACAAAUAGACGCAAAGUCGUCUUGGCUUUCGCUCAGACACUGCAACACGAGUGGGAUGAUCUUGGCAGAUCGAUGGGCUUGUUCUAGGCU